AUGCCAGGUGUGGCUCUUACCAACGGAUGCGCUGGCAUAGAAAUUGCGGCCGAUACGCGUGUGUAUGAAAACAAAAAUGCGGCUACGGUCAGCGAAGUCGAGGUGGAAUUAAACAACAAUAAUGGGAUGUCGUCCGCAGAUCCUCCCUGUAACAAGAAUGCACGAAAACAUGUCCUACUUUCGACAAAUGCUUCGUUUGCAAAAGUUGCCAUUCCUUUCCUUCUGAAAAUGGCGGACGUGGAGCUUCGCGUGAUAUCAGAUGACGUCUUGGACUUUACGCAGGGUGCAUGCUAUCCAGAUACACCAAUUUCCGCUCAACCAGGUUCCAAAUUGAGUACACGUCCUUGGAUGAAUGUAACAGCAGCUGAGCUGAUCUAUUGGGCUGAUGUGCUAGUUCUCGGCUCUGUCGGUGCGGGAACACUCGGAGCAAUGAUAGCUGGCCUCACCACAAGCCUCACAUUAACUAUUCUACGUGGUUGGGAUAUUUCUAAGAGGGUGUUCCUGGUACCGGGAAUGACUACAUCAGAAUGGCAAUUCCCGAUGACCAAACGACAGCUCAGCAAUUUGGCUACGUUUUGGCCAAGGAUAAAGGUUUUACCGCCAACUUUAUCGAAAUUUGAACAUCCUGCUGGACUCGUGGAGAUUCCUUGGGAUGGCUGGACAGUAUUUAGCAGCGAAGUUCGAAAUGCAUGCUCAUCUCUUCCUGGCCCCAUGCAGGAGGAUAAUAAGUUGGCCAACAAUGUUUGUAGCGGGACAAGACCAACACCCCUGGUCAUAUCAAGUAACCUACAUGAAAGACAACAAGAAACGAAUGAAGAACCGAAUCAGCCUGGGACUAAAAGCCAGCCAACCAGUGCCAUCUGCAAAGAGAGACCCAUCCUUCCGCCGGAGUUAUUGACGAUGAUUUUUGAGAUGCUUGGCGACUGGGAAACAGCGACGUCAGUUGGAGUGUAUGCCAAAAUCCCUGUUCCCGAACAAUGGAAACCUUACAUCCCUACUGCCAGGUCACCAGCUACAUUCGAGUACAUUGUUCUUCGUGGUUCGAUAAAAGAGAUUGAAGAACAACUAUCCACAAUUCCACCCCGCAAGCCCCUGUCUAGAAUUGCCACCGACCUAAUCCUUAAGUUUUCUCGAACCGAUAUCCUCGAUACUCUCUGCAGAUUGCGAAUGGAUCUCUAUUUAUCAACUCCUGACCUCAAAAAUCUACCUUUAUCGGCAUCUUCAAAAUUUGGCAGCACAUCUCUCCUUACCUGGUGGCAUAAAUCCUCCAUCCCCCCUACACUGCCGAUAAAGGACUACCUGCCCGAAGCGAUUGAUGCAGCCUCACGUGCGGGUUUUGUGGAUGUGCUCGAAUGGUGGCGCCAAUCCGGCCUUCCCUUCCGCUACACUGAAAGGUCCCUUGAGUCCGCUUCCGCGGAAGGUCAGAUCGCGGUCCUCGAUUGGUGGAAAACCGUUUCCAAGAAUGCACCUCUAGGCAACCCCGUCCCAUUAAAAGUAGGCAAAUCCGUGCUCCUGGCGGCACAAUCUGGACGCACCGACUCACUUGCCUGGUGGGACAAAUCUGACAUCCCGUUUAGCCAUGCCGAGUCUGUUACCCGGAUCGCCAGUAACCAUGGCCACGUUCCUGUUCUGGACUUUUGGCACCGACGGAAGCGCGAGAAGCUCAUCUUUGAUAAUCAAGUUCUCGUUGGCGCGACGAAGAAUGGUCAUGUCGAAGUGCUUGAGUGGUGGAAACGGAGUGGUUUGCCCGUCGAGUUCAAAACGUGCGAUAUUGAAGAGGCACUGGAAGAUGCAGUUUCUGGAGUAGAGCAGCGCGUGCGGCGGUGGUGGGCGCAGAAUGGGUUGAAUUUAGGGGUUGGGACGAACGAAUGGAUGAUGGUUAAGACUUUGAAUACCUGA